UUUGGUACCUUGUAAAGUUAUAACUUAAGUGCUCUAAUUGUUUUUAUAAUUAUUUUUAGUUCGGUUGUCUAUUAAAAUGACUUCUUUCACAAAUAAAUAUGUUUUGAAUUUAUUGAGAAAUCUACCGAGACUCUCAAUUUCUAACCUUCGAAAUAAUGAUGGAGCCGUGAAAAAAAAUAAACGAGGCAGAGCCCAGCACGGAGGUGACAAACAUGGUCAUGGUAAUAAAGGAUCAAAAGCUAGGCAAAACUUUAUGAGACCUGGAUAUGAGACAGGAAAUACUCCAUUUUAUAUGAAAUUUCCUAGAGAACAAUAUUACAAGGAUCAUCAUGUUAAAAGACAAUAUCCACCACUAUCAUUGACUACUUUACAAAAAAUGAUUGAUUUGAAUCGUAUAGACAUUUCAAAGCCCAUUGAUUUAUCAGUACUCUGCAAUACAGGUUUAUAUAACAUUAAUCCAGAAGAUAAACACUUUGGAGUAAAUUUGAUUGAUGAAGGAGCAGAUAAUUUCAAGGCAAAAAUUAAUGUAGAAGUUCAAUGGGCCAGUGAACCUACAAUUGCAGCCAUAGAAAGAAAUGGAGGAGUUAUAACAACAUCGUUUUUUGAUGUUAAUAGUUUAUUUAUUUUAAUAAAUCCUAAAAAGUUCUUCCAAAGAGGAGAAGCAAUACCCAGACGUAUGAUUCCCCCCGAUGAUGCAAUUUUAUAUUAUUCAAGUGCAGCAAAUCGUGGUUAUUUGGCUGAUCCUGAAAAAAUAUCUUGGGAACGUUUUGUUUUAGCUCAGAAAUAUGGAUAUAAACUUCCUAAAAUUGAAGAUGAUCCAGAUUAUGACAUGCUUGUCAGUAGGAAAGAUCAAAGACAAAUAUUUUAUGGUCUAGAACCUGGCUGGGUUGUUAAUCUAAAGGAUAAAGUUAUACUAAAACCCAUUGAUCCACAACUUAAAGAGUUCUAUAGAAGUUAAAUACAUUUUUUGAUAUUAAUAUUAAAAUGGAUAAUUUAUUAUGUCAUUUAAUUAUUAUAGAAGAGCAUAAUUAUUACAAAUGUAUCAAAAAAAAAUCUGUUUUUUUGGAAACUCGUACUUUAAACUUUUGUUAAUAAUAAACUGUAUAAAAUUUUAAUUCAAUGUAUCAGUAUAUUUUUUAUUAUGAAGACUCAAAAGUGCACAAUAAUAUGUAUAAUAUUAUAUUUAUUAUUUGUAUACACUAUUUGCUUAAUAUUUUCAGAUAAUGAUACUUUUAAUAUUGUUGAGAAUGAAUAAUUUACUUAUUACUAUUGAUGACUAUUGAAGAAUUUCUUGAAAAAAAAAAUGAUUUAUUUAGUGGACCACUAAA